UGUUUUAGAGCGAGAGAGAUACAGACUACAGAGGAGAGAGGGAGAAGAAGAAGAAGAAGAAGAAGAAGAAGAAGAAGAGGAUGUCGACUCCGCAGCAAGAAGAGGACAAGAAGCCCAACGACCAGGCGGCCCACAUCAACCUCAAAGUCAAAGGACAGGAUGGGAAUGAAGUGUUUUUCAGGAUCAAGCGAAGCACUCAACUGAAGAAGCUUAUGAACGCAUAUUGUGAUCGCCAGUCUGUGGAGAUGAACUCAAUCGCCUUCUUGUUUGAUGGCCGUCGUCUACGAGCAGAGCAGACCCCUGAUGAGUUGGAAAUGGAGGACGGUGAUGAGAUUGACGCCAUGCUGCACCAAACUGGGGGAGCCGUACAGAUUUGAUACUACCAUGCUCUUAGUGGAAGGUAGAUAUUAGUAUCUAUGAUUGGAAAUGAAGUUGUUCUAUGAAUCAUCGGUUGUCAAGUAUUACGAGUGAGUUUGGUUAUGUACAAGACCUUUCGUAGUUGUUAAUCAACUUUGAUUAUGUUGUAUGUGGGAUUUGGCGUCGAAGUUUUUAGUUUUCUUUUAAAUUUGGAUCCAGUUUAUGAUUUUAAGUUGGUAUGUCGUUGUCCCAAUGAACAGACAUGAUUGCGAGAUUGUUAAAACACAUAACAUCGUGUUAUUGGUCGGGAUGCAAUGCUAUCGUACUUGGAUUCGAGACUAUUAAAUAAUUGAA